ACUCAACACAGCCAAACCAAACGUCAGGCUUCAAAUUACCCCACACUCGCUUUUAAAGGUUGACCCCACGAGCUUCUUCCCCACAUUCCAAAUCUUUACCAAUCUAGGCCUAUCCACCAGUCACAACUACACAGUCCCCAAUACUGAAUCAUAUAAUGAUGGACGCUAAAUUCCGCAUGAAGCAUUCCAACUCUCUUGCUCAAUGUAUGCUGACCUGCGAAGAAUGUGCUAACCGCGCUAUCGAAGAAAACAUGGAUUGUUACGGCCAUUGCAAAGCUUGUGCUGAACUAUGUAAUGUUACCAUGCGCUUGAUGUCCGUCAAUUCCAUGCACGCAGGCGAGACUGCUGCUAUUUGCGCCAAAGCAUGCGACCACUGUGCUGAGAUGUGCGCCAGUCACAAAACCGAUCACUGCCAGACUUGCGCUCAGUCUUGCCGCGAAGCUUCCGCGGCUUGCAGGGACAUUCAAGCCGCGUACGAGAAGAUGGGAAAGAAGUAAUCCGUUGAUCCGUUGGAUGAGAGAGUAUUCCUGGGCACGAUGGGAAAACACUUGGGUCGGAUAUGUAGCAACCCGUAGCAACCCCGCGUAAUGUUAGGGCGGGACAUGUAUAUGAUGAAUUGCAGAAAAUUUUGUAUAUUCGAGAUAUCGUACGCAGGCUCACUCAAGAAGAGAUGGGAUAGCCAUUAGCUGAAAUAUAUUCAUUUUGACAUGAUGCA